ACAAGAUACAUUCCCAUGGGGUUUUGUGUUAUAACCCUUUUCGCGUAUUUUUCUCCUCUUUGGACCAUAGAGGUAUAUGUAAUCGAUUCGCCAUCGUCGAGUGGGUCCAGACGCUGUUAGUUACUAUCCCUGCUGAAAUUGUACUGUUAAUACGCGUAAACGCAUUGGUCAGUCGCCGUUCUUUGACUAUCGCUCUCUGGGCCAUCAUCAUGGCUCAGUUCGUUAUUGUAAUCUAUGCGAUGAGCCAGCCGGGGCAGAACCUGGGCUUGCCUUUGCCUAAUAUACCUAUUGACCAAUUCCAUGUGUGUAUAUUAUAUUCGAACCCGGAAAUGGACCUGGCAUAUCUCCUGUGCUCUAUUAUAUUUGACAGUAUAGUAUUCCUUACUACGCUUGUCAUCACUGUCGAUUAUGGAUGCUCUGUUUGGCCUAACGGAAGCGACUCUCCAACGCCCUUUGGAGAAGCUAGAUUCCGCCCAGCAAAUUCGGUCUUGCUCUCGACGAUCCAGAGGGAUGGUAUUAUCUAUUUCUGCGCAAUAUUGUCAGGAAACAUCGUUUGGUUGAUUCUAAGUUUGAACGAAAGGCCUGGCUUGAAAUUCAUGAAUACACAGUGAGUCACAUCUGUGGUUAUAGUGCAUAAUGGUUGGUUGAUUCGAGCGGACACAUAGGCCUAGCAUGAUGUAAAGUCUAUUCCACAAGUACC